AUGGUAGGAGCAGAAACCUUAUCUCUAGCUUCUAGUCUUAUUUUCAAAGCAACUAACAAGCUCAUACAUCCCUCAGUUCUCUCACACCCUUCAAAGCUGUCAUUCCCUUUCCAAUCCUUUUCCGUCAGUUGCCUCUCCCUUCCUUACAGAAUCCCCACAAAUGCAAUCUUCAUUUGUCAUGGCAAGAUGGACGGUGAAGUGGCUGACGAGAUUGAUGAAUUUUUCUUUGAUGAUAAUUAUGGCACGAUGAUCGAGGAGGAGGAGAUGAGUGAUGAGGAUGAGACAGAGAGCAGUAUGGAUUUGCUCAUCAGAUUCUUGCAAAGCAUGUUCAAGAAGUUAUCUAAGAGAGCCAAGAAGGCUUCUCGCUCUAUGUUACCUGCUGUGAUAUCACCCCAAUUGGUGUCUUUUGCUGUUGAUGGGAUUCUUCUAUUAGCUGCACUUUCUAUUGUUAAAGCACUUCUUGAGGUGGUUUGCACUCUUGGAAGCACUGUGUUUGUGGUGAUCCUGCUCCUACGUGUUGUAUGGGCAGCCAUUUCAUACUUCCAGUCAAGUGAGAACACUUCUAACCAGGGUGGAAGUUCCUUUGGUACAACACAGCCGGUGGCAUAA